CACGAAUGGAUCGUAAUUCUGCCAGACCAUGAAGGAGCUUUAGAGCUUAGACGGAAACUACGUCCACAACACUUAGCUAAUCUAUGUACAUACCCUGAUGAUUUCUGGCUUUGGGGAGGACCAUUUCUUCGUGAACGAUCUAAUGGUGAAUUCAACGAGCCGCUGGGUUCUAUGUUACUUGCUUGGGCUGAAUCGCCGGAUAAAGUACUGGAUGAACUAAAGAAAGAUGUUUACACUACGGAAGGGGUGUGGGACUGGACUAAGGCUCAAAUUUUUCCCUUCAAGAGUACUUUAAGGAUAGGAAUG